UUUUUUUGUUUUUGCUUCUGGUCUCUGUUCCGAAUCUCUACUUCUAUGAAGAAGUUUCAAUUCUUUGUUUUUUUGGUGGAAAGUUUAAGAUCGUAGGGCACUUGCAUUUGCGCAGUUGGGACGAAGAACAGAUAUGUAAUCCGUAUUUUUAUCUGAAAAUUUGAGUUCUUGAGUGAUCGGAGGGAGCAUGGAGGAGACAUUUGUGCCUUUCAGAGGCAUAAAAAAUGAUCUAAAAGGGAGAUUUCUGUGCUACAAGCAGGACUGGACUGGAGGGUUCCGGUCAGGCGUUAGAAUUCUGGCUCCCACGACCUACAUCUUCUUUGCUUCAGCAAUUCCUGUAAUUUCAUUUGGAGAGCAACUGGAGAGAAAUACUGAUGGUGUGAUUACAGCAGUGCAAACCCUAGCAUCCACUGCAAUUUGUGGGAUAAUACACUCAAUAAUUGGAGGUCAGCCUUUGCUGGUCCUUGGAGUUGCAGAACCUACAGUCCUCAUGUACACAUUCAUGUUUAAUUUUGUGAAAGAUAAAGAAGAAUUAGGCAGAAAGUUGUUUCUGGCUUGGACUGCAUGGGUGUGUGUGUGGACUUCUUUCCUGUUAUUCCUACUGUCUAUUCUCGGCGCAUGCUCAAUUAUAAAUAGAUUUACCAGAGUGGCUGGUGAGCUAUUUGGUAUGCUGAUAGCGAUGCUGUUUAUGCAACAGGCUAUUAAAGGGCUCGUGGAUGAGUUCCGUAUACCCAAAAGGGAAGAUCAAAAGGCGCUAGAAUUUAUUCCAUCCUGGAGAUUUAGCAAUGGAAUGUUUGCUCUUGUUCUAUCAUUUGGCCUUGUAAUUACUGCAUUGAGAAGUAGAAAGGCGAGAUCUUGGAGAUAUGGUUGCGGCUGGUUGAGAGGUUUCAUUGCGGACUAUGGGGUGCCUUUAAUGAUUUUGGUAUGGACUGCGGUUUCUUAUAUACCUUCUAGUAGUGUUCCUAAAGGAAUACCACGACGCCUUUUCAGCCCAAAUCCUUGGUCUCCUGGUGCUUAUGAAAAUUGGACUGUUAUUAAGGAAAUGACACAUAUGCCGGUGCUCUAUAUACUUGGGGCAUUUAUCCCAGCUACCAUGAUAGCCGUUCUUUAUUAUUUUGAUCACAGUGUGGCAUCUCAGCUUGCACAGCAAAAAGAAUUCAAUUUGCGAAAGCCUCCCUCGUUUCACUAUGAUUUACUUCUUCUGGGUUUUUUGACUUUACUUUGUGGCCUUCUUGGCGUACCCCCCUCAAAUGGCGUUAUCCCCCAAUCGCCGAUGCAUACAAAGAGUUUAGCUACUCUCAAGCAUCAACUGCUUCGAAACCAAUUAGUAGCAAGUGCGCGACGAAGCAUGAACAAGAAUUCAAGCUUAAGCCAAUUAUAUAGUAACAUGGAAGAAGUAUUUCAGCAAAUGCAGACCCCUCUGAUCUACCAGCAGCAAUCCGUUCAGGGAUUGAAAGAACUAAAGGAAUCUACCAUCCAAAUGGCUUCGAGAAUGGGAAGCAUCGAUGCUCCAGUGGACGAGACGGUGUUCGACAUAGAUAAAGAGAUCGAUGAUCUAUUGCCUGUCGAAGUUAAAGAGCAGCGACUCAGCAACUUGUUGCAGUCUUCCAUGGUGGGUUGCUGUCUGGCUGCAAUGCCAAUUCUGAGAAAGAUUCCGACUUCUGUGCUUUGGGGUUAUUUUGCUUUCAUGGCUAUAGAGAGCCUGCCUGGAAACCAAUUCUGGGAGAGGAUUCUCCUACUCUUUACUGCACCAAGCAGAAGAUACAAAGUGCUUGAAGAUUACCAUGCAGCUUUUGUGGAAACUGUUCCCUUCAAGACAAUAGCUUUCUUCACAUUCUUCCAGACUGCUUAUCUGCUUGUAUGCUUCGGCAUUACUUGGAUUCCUAUUGCUGGUGUUCUUUUUCCACUCAUGAUCAUGCUUUUAGUUCCUGCGAGACAAUAUCUUCUUCCUAAGCUCUUCAAAGGGGCUCACCUUACAGACUUGGAUGCGGCGGAAUACGAGGAGUCUCCGGCGCUUCCAUUCGGUUUAGAAAUGGAGAUUAAAGGAGCCGCGAGGCCGUCUUUUUCUCAAAGUGGGGAGAUUCUUGACGAGAUGGUCACGAGAAGUCGCGGCGAGAUUAAGCACAUAAACAGUCCUAAACGAAAUAGCUCCACAGCAACACCAGCCAGCGAUCGCAGAGGUUUGUACAGUCCUACACUCUCAGAUAGAGCAUUCAGUCCUCGCAUAAGUGAACUAAAACAAGAAGAGAGUCCCAGGCUUGGUAAAAGAGUGUUAUUUAGUCCACAAACAGGAGAUUCAACUAAACAUUCAAGGUUGGGGGAGGGAAGUAGGGAGUCAACUUCCAAUUCAUAACAAUAAAAAGGAAAAUUUUCAUACAUACCACCUAAUUCCUAUGUAUUUAUAUAUCAAAAA